UUUUCACUGUGUGUAUUAGGAGGCCAACAGAUUUAUCAUUAAAUAGUUUGAUCAAUGGCGCAGACAGUUGGCAGAAUGUUAGGAAAAUGUUUAAUAUUUCCUGUGGACUGAUGAGGUUGGCCUCAACAGCACCUUUAGUCGGUCCGUGCCAUUGGCAAACUAUUAUAUGAUGCCUGCACACUUGGGUCACAUGCCUCAGUUCUUGCACUUGCUUCACUUCACAUUUAUUUUCAAUGAUUUCGCCAGAAAUUGUAGGCUUAUGAUCUGAAUUGAAAUGGUCAGUUUAUUUAUUUAUGUGAUAUUUACAUUUAUAUAACAUCCAGUGGCCGAAAAACAAAACAAAAAGUUUAAUCUUACCUGCUGCGUGAGGGCAAACACAGGUAGAUAUUUGUGUAACCUAUUUUCAAUUUGAACAAGUUCAGGCAACUUUUUCUGUCAUGACUGUUUUGAUCGGACGAAGCAUUGAUCAGGCUCUUACCAUAUUGGCACACAGCUCAUUCUACAUCCACACACGCCAUCACAGUGUUUUUCUACGGGACUGGUGCAAGGUGUCGGCAAACUAACACUCCGGUUAAAAAAUAAAUCAACCCUAAAAUGCUGUAAAAAGAUAUAUAAUGGGGAAAUUCUGAGCUCCAUUGUAUUUCACUCAGUGUGUUGAGACACUGGAGGCACUUGAUGCAUUCAUUUACUGAAGACAUCAGCAUCAAAGUACAGUAUGUGUUGAAGUCAAAGAUAAUAUUUUUGUUGUAUUGUUUAUCCAUUGCAAAUCUGCAGUAUUGUCUCAAGGGCCUGACCCAACAAGACAUGUUUGUUUACAAGUGUCUCUUGACAUUUUACUGCUGGACAAGUUUGUCAGGUUCUGAAACUGAUAAAAAGCUGUAGAUGUGCGUUGCCCGUCCACUCAAUGCACCAUGGGUGUCAACGUCCCCGGGCUCAUAGUCUUGCUGCUCUUCUACUUGCUUGUCUUUGGCACUGGCAUCUGGGCAUCCAGGAAGUCCAAGAGGGCAAAAGAGAGCAGAAGUGCAAACUGGUCAGAUGUUACGCUUCUGGGGAACAGAGGAAUUAACCUGGCAGUUGGAGUCUUCACUACAGCAGCUACUUACGUUGGAGGAGGCUUCAUUGUUGGAAUCUCAGAGCUGGUGUACACUCCGACCUGGGGACUGGUCUGGACCAUCAUCCCAGUCUCAGCUGCUAUGGCAUUCAUUGUGGGUGGCAUUUUCUAUGCGAAGAAAAUGCGACAGGGAAAAUACGUGACGAUGAUGGACCCCAUCCAGAGGAAGCUUGGAACGGCUGUCAGUGGGGUUUUGUCAGUGGCUCUCUUGGUGUCUGACAUGUUCUGGGUGCCUGCGGGUCUGAUCAGUUUAGGCAGCACUAUGUCCAUCAUCCUCGACCUGUCCUACAACUUGUGUGUUUGGAUCUCAGCUGCGGUGGCUGUCACCUACACACUCUUAGGAGGACUGUACUCUGUAGCGUACACUGAUGUCUUACAGCUGGUCCUCAUAUUCGUCAGUUUGUGGCUCUGUGUUCCUUUCGUGCUGAUCUCGGAACACUCACUCGACAUCACACAAACUGCUUUGAACUUCACAUAUCAAGAUCCGUGGGUCGGUUCAAUCGACAUAGACGGAGUGUGGACGUGGCUGGAUCAGCUGCUGCUGUUGGGUUUCUCUUUUCUGGGAAGUCAGGAGUUUCACCAGAGGAUGUUGUCAGCGUCCUCACCCACCACAGCCAGACUGAGCUGCUUCAUUGCAGCCCCUGUCACAUUAAUGUUAGCAGUUCCACCAGUAUUGAUCGGCGCCGCUGCCACAUCAACAGAUUGGAACCAGACUUCGUACGGCUCUCCAUCACCGUACGAGAGAGACGAGGCCAGUUAUAUUCUCCCCCUGGUCUUGCAACACCUCACUCCAAGCUAUGUGUCAGUUAUUGGCAUUGGAGCUGUUGGUGCUGCCGUGAUGUCAUCGACAGACUCUGCUCUUUUGUCGGCAGCUUCCAUCUUCUCCUCCAACAUUUACAAGAGCAUCCUGAGGACCAGUGCAUCAGAGAGGGAAAUGCAGUGGGUGGUCCGAAUCACAGUCGUGUUGGUGGGCGUCGUUGGAUCAUUGUUUACUUUUCUUAACAACAGCAUCAUGGUUUUCUGGAUUGUGGGAGCUGACAUUGCAUACGUCUUCACGUUCCCUGCUCUCACUUGUGCCCUGUUCUGUGAGUUCUCCAACGGCUAUGGCGCCAUCAUGGGAGUCUUCAUCGCGCUGCUAUUCAGAGUGCUGAGUGGAGAACCAGAGUUUGGCUUGCCAGCAGUCCUCCAUUAUCCAGGAGGCACAGUCAAGGACGGCAUGUACAUCCAGCGCGCCCCUGUCAGCACCAUCUGUAUGCUGAGCAACCUGCUCGCCACCAUCUUCUUCUCUUACUUGACUUCGCUGCUGUUCAACAGAGGAAUUCUGCCUGAAAAAUGGGACAUAUUUGCAGUUAAAGGCCGCCAACCAUGCAAAACCACUGAUGUGAACACUGAGGAGAACUGUGAGAGAGAAACUGAUCACAUGAUGGAAACAUCUCCGCUGGAGACAUCGACCCUUUGAUAUGUGUUGAGUAAUAGCUGAGAUAAAAACACUGAUUACGGUUCCAUCAUCAUAACCUUUUCUGUUAUACUGACUAUUGCUGACUCUUGACUGCCUUUGGUAAGGUUAUUAUUACUGGUAAUGCUUGUGGCAAGUAAAAAUGCUUUUGGGACAUUGUAGUGAUGAUGCCUGAGACCAUGCCAUGGACAGGAAGGAGGGUGUGAGUUCUGUCUUAACCAUCCAUUUAGCCAAUGUAGUAAACUCAAACAGUAUCUGGCCCUGCACUGAAGUACUAGCAGUGACUGGCCUGCCUCGUGGUUCAAGAGUGAUGUGGUCUUAUGUCAGAAUCAAAUCAAAUUUAUUGCCAUGGUCAGUGGGGAGCCCACUGACUAGGAAAGUGCCUUGGAAUAAAGUGCAACAAAAAACAAUAAAAUAGAAUAAAUAGAAUAACAUUACAACAAGGCUGUUCAUGAAUUUAACAGUCUGACGGCCGAGGGAAAGAAGCUGUUCCUGUGACGGGAGGUUCUGGUCUGGAUGGACCGUAGCCUCCUGCCAGAGGGA